AUGCCAGGCCGCACUUCCCCAACACCUAGUGUCAUGACACAAGAAGCCUACCGAAAGCGAAAAGAGGAAGAGAACAGCGGAGACGAAGAAGAAGAGAACAUCAACUACGAUUCCGAUGACGAGAACAAGCCAAAGAAACAAAAUGACCAUCGAGAACGUCAAGAAGCGCAUCUCGCUGGAUACCGACAACAAAUGAUGAAGACGACCGAAGGACCUCCAUCAAUAGAACACUCACGCAUCCCCUCUAUACAAGGCCCAUGGAUGAACAUCCCCGAUGAUGAUAGCGACGACGAUGUGCCGCUGGCGAUGCUACAGGCUCGAAGUCAACGCGAUCGCCUGUCUCGCUUAGCAGGCGUUCGAUCGAACCCCAAUCUCCGCGCUUCCGCACAACAACACAUGAUGAGACCUGGUUCGGCGCAUGGAAAGCCCGAUAACGGUUCUCAUCUGCGCUUACCAUCCUUUGCAACAAAUCUCCCUCAAGAUCCUUUCCAAGACCCGUUCCAAGACCCAUUUCAAACCAAGAAGCCCAUGUUUACGGGCGGUUUGAUCAGCGUUAUUGCGAACGAGGAGCGCGCUAAGGCCUCGCGGCGGGGAUCGCCGAGUGCUGGCUUUCAAGCACCACCACAGAACCCGUUUGCUUUGACGGGUGCUUCGCCGUAUAUGGCUUCGCCUUAUGGUGCGCCGAUGCCACAUCAAUUAUCGAGGCCACAAACGCCUUCGGGGCAGAUACAUCAGCAAAUACCGCAGGGCAUUCAGGAUCAGAUGCAGUUCAUACAGACGAUGACGUUUGGCGCGCAACACCAGCCAAAUAAUUCUUGGGGUAGCAUGCCACAAAGACCAGGGACUAGUGGGAGCAUGGCUCCAGCGGUGAAGCCUGCGCUGCCGGCUUAUGGCGGGUAUGCGCAGAGCAUUCCACCGGCGGAGAGGAGUAAUGUCGGCUUGCCUAGUCGGUACAGGGCGGUGUCGAAGCAGAAGGCGUAA